CCUGGACCGCACUCUAUACCCUGCGCUUCCUGUCACGUGAUUCUGGUAAUCAUCUUGUUCUUGAGCAACUGCUGGAGAGCUGAGAGCGCCAUCCCGAACAGAGACACGGGAGCCGAGUAUAGAGCUCGCACCACCGGGGACCCAACACAGGGGAGAGAGACCACUGCCAAUCAAUCUAUAUCAGGAGGAGCAAAGAUUGAGAGCUCUGUGCCAGAGUGCGGGGAAUAGAAGGUACAACGAGUCACUAGAGGAUGGGGGCAUGCACAGUGCAGGAGGGUACAGGGGGCAUGCACAGCGCAGGAUGGUACAGGGGGCCUGCACAGUGCAGGAGGGUACAGGGGGCAUGCACAGCGCAGGAGGGUACAGGGGGCAUGCACAGUGCAGGAUGGUACAGGGGGCAUGCACAGCGCAGGAGGGUACAGGGGGCAUGCACAGUGCAGGAUGGUACAGGGGGGCAUGCACAGUGCAGGAUGGUACAGGGGGCAUGCACAGUGCAGGAUGGUACAGGGGGCAUGCACAGUGCAGGGGGGUACAGGGGGCAUGCACAGUGCAGGAGGGUACAGGGGGCAUGCACAGUGCAGGAGGGUACAGGGGGCUUGCACAGUGCAGGAGGGUACAGGGGGCAUGCACAGCGCGGGAUGGUACAGGGGGCUUGCACAGCGCAGGAGGUUAGAGGGUCAUGCACAGCCAGGAGGUUAGAGGGCUCGCGCACAGCGCAGGAGUGUUGGGAGGGGUCAUGCACAGCGCAGGAGUGUUAGAGGUCAUGCACAGCGCAGGAGGUUAGAGGCAUGCACAGCGCAGGAGGUCAGAGGGGCAUGCACAGUUUAGGAGGUCAGAGGGGCAUGCACAGCGCAGGGAGAGGUCAGAGGGGGCAUGCACAGCGCAGGAGGUCAGAGGGGGCAUGCACAGCGCAGGAGGUCAGAGGGGGCAUGCACAGCGCAGGAGGUCAGAUGGGGCAUGCACAGCGCAGGAGGGUACAGGGGUCAUGCACAGCGCAGGAGGUCAGAGGGGGCAUGCACAGCGCAGGAGGUCACAGUGGGCAUGCACAGCGCAGGAGGUCACAGUGGGCAUGCACAGCGCAGGAGGUCACAGUGGGCAUGCACAGCGCAGGAGGUCAGAGGGGGCAUGCACAGCGCAGGAGGGUACAGGGGGCAUGCACAGUGCAGGAGGUUAGAGUCCUGUCCCCCCUCUUCCGUACUAAUUCAUUGUCCCCACACCCCCCUCUGUACUAAAUUCCGCAUACCCCCUCCCCUCUAUACUAAAUCCCAGCACCCCUCUCUAUCAGGGAUCAACCGAUAUCGAUUUUUAGAGCUGUUACCGAAAAUCUGUGAACUUUCAGGCCGAAAGACGAUAGCUUAUCUUUAUUCUGUACAUUUACUGUUUUUAAAGGAAAAAAAUUUUUGCAAAUCUUUUUUUUUUUUUUUAUUUAUUAAGUGGUAAAUGUACAAAAUAUAAAUGUCAUAUUUUUUUUUGAUGCUUUCAAGAAUAUUUCUGUGUGUGUUUCUGUAGUUGAUGCAGUGUGUUUGUGUGUAAAUAUGUGCGGUAGGAACACCCCAUUCCCACAGACUUCUCCUCUCCGGCUGGGUAAUUUUGGCAGAGUAGACACCUGUAAUGUGGGGAGAGCAGUUGCCUACUCUGCUUUACUAAGCAUGGCAAACUCGCGGCUCGCUGGGCCGCAAAAAUAUUCAUUGUGGGCCGCGAGUUUGACAUGCUUGAUGUAGGAGGUGGAGGUGGUAUGCAUGUACACGUGAAUCCUACAUACGGCACUCCAUUGUUUUUUUUCAUGUACUAUCUCGCAUCACAUUGGAGGGAUAUUUGUUGAGCAAAACAGUAGAUCUGACUACCACAGAUACUAGAGAGAAAACAAAUUAAUAUUAACUAUGUUUUAAUGGGGUGUAUGUUUAGUUUGCUGUCUACUUUUUACUAUGUAGAAAAUAUAUUCUCAACAAAUUGUAUUCAAAACGUAUAUACCAAGCAAUACUGAGAAAUGUAAACUUUUUUUUUUUUUUCUUCUUCGUUGAAGAUCUAAUGGAGACAUGCGAUCAGGAAAGCUCGGAGACGGCAGAGGGAACAAUGAAUGUUAAUGUAGACUAUUUACAGCAGCUUAAAGAUCUUGACAUUCCUGAAGAAGAGGCCAAAAAGGUAAAUAUUUAUUCACUUAAAAAAAAAAAAAAAAAAAACAUUUUUUAUAAUUUUUGUGUAUUGAAGCAUUUGUAUGUUCAAGACAGACUAAACUGUAUUAUCUGAUCACCCUUCAUCCCUUUCUUUCUUCUGUUUAGGCACUUAUUCUAACUGGAAAUGUCUCUGCAGAAGAGGCUGCCAUAUUUUAUUUUGACAGUCUAGAGGACCAGAAUCCAGUAAGUAAUUUUAAUUUACACAUAAUAAACUAAUGGGCUUACUCAAACCAGUAACUGGGGGAUAAUUAAAAGUGAAUUGCAUAUUUUAGGCUAAAGGUUAAAAAAAAACUGGACCCAGUAUGUGCAUUUAUUUUUAAUUUUCACCUUGCCUUUGUGUGUAGAGGGGAAAACAAAGAAUAGUGUAAAUUAGGGUUAAUUCAAUUCAUUUAAGAAGAAGAUGCACUCCACUGUAUUUGUAAAAAAAAUAAAAAUGUAUUGCAUCUCAUUGAGAAGGGUGGAAGGUAUCUUAACAUACCUGCCACUUCUAUUGGCUCUGUUAUAAAAAUCGUACUCUAUCUAGCAGGUAUUUUAUAAUAUAGGUUAACUAAAUUAUGAAAUUAAUAUUCACAAAAAUGUCAAUUUGAAAUUAUAAUAACCUUAAAUACCAAGUAUAAAAUUGACUUUACAUUAAUUGCUUCCUUUUUAUUAAUUAUCAAAAUAAUUUAUUUAAUGAAGCUGAACAAACUAGUUUAGUACAAUGAAAAGUUACAUUGAUUAAAUGAAAACGUGACCCUUUCUCAUGUUAUAAAAAUGGCACAUUAUAUAUGUAUAUCAUGUUGCCAAUCUUUUAUUUGGAGAUGUGGUGUCAUGCAGAAUGUUCCAAUAAGAGAGAGAGAAAAGGACAUUUUACAAAGACUUAACUAGUCUUCUAUUCUGUACCUUUGAUACUCGGUCCAUCCCAUCUCAUGUGAUGUUGCUUAAGACUACAUGGCUUCCUCCAGGAUAAAGUGGGUAUGGGUUAGAGAGGGGGUAAUAUGUUCCAGUUGGUGUCUCCAUAACAAGACUGACCAGUUGCUUCUUACUAGGGCAUUACAUAAAACUAAAAUCAUGUAACUUUGAUCACAAAGUAACCAGCCAUUGCAGUCCUUCUACAAUGUGCUAAUCAAAUGGGAAGUAUGCAGAAAGCUUAUUUGAGCAGGGUCCUCUUUAACUUAUCGUUCCUGUAAAAAAUUUUGUAAUUGCCCUAUUUAUAGUUAAAUCCCCCCCCUAUUGUAAAGCGCAACGGAAUCUGUUGGCACUAUAUAAAUGGCAAUAAUAAUGACUAUACCGUAGCAUAUUUACCAUGGCAGAAUUUGAGGUGCUUGCAUUGGUUUUGCUAACUCUGUGAAGCUUACUGAACUAGAAGCAAACCUCACUGGCUGUCCGUUUCUACAUCCAAUUCUAAAAGUGCAGAUUUCUAUUGAAGUCAGCACAUUUAUUUUCUAAACGGUCAAAACAAGAGACACCAAGUUUUUUGUGUGUCUGGAGUAUUUCUUUAAAGGACCACUCUAGGCAGCUUAAUGAAGUGGUCUGGGUGCCAGGUCCAGCUACUGUUAACCCAUUUUUUAAUAAACAUAGCAGUUUCAGAGAAACUGCUAUGUUUAUGAAUGGGUUAAGCCUUCCCCUAUUUCCUCUAGUGGCUGACAGCCGCUAGAGGCGCUUGCGUGAUUCUCACUGUGAUUUUCACAGUGAGAGCACGCCAGCGUCCAUAGGAAAGCAUUAUAAAUGCUUUCCUAUGUGACCGGCUGAAUGCGCGCUCAGCUCUUGCCGCGCGUGCGCAUUCAGCCGACGGGGCGGAACGGAGGAGGAGAGAAGGAGGAGAGCUCUCCACCCAGCGCUGGAAAAAGGUAAGUUUUAACCCCUUUCCCCCUUCCAGAGCCGGGCGGGAGGGGGUCCCUGAGGGGGUCCCUGAGGGUGCCAGGAAAACAAGUGUCCUAUAGUGGUCCUUUAAGGCUAAAAUAUAUGAACAUUCUCCAACCUAAAAUGAGGCUAUUGCUGUCAAUUCUGAAGAAUUCAUAAUGAUUCAUGCUUGUGGUUUGUACGUAUGUUUUGCAUUUAAUUUCCCAAACGAAAAAUUAUAAAUGUCACAUUGGUCUAAUCGUUAAACGCUGAAUUUGAUUGUGCAGAAUUGGCUGAUCAAAUGAAUCCUGUUUCUGCCGUUCAUUUGAAAAUAUCUCAACUGAACUUCGGCCAAAUUGUUAAUGCUGUUAAUAGAAGAGUGGGUUUUGAGGGGAUUUAAUGUUGGAAUAACCUCAUGGAGUGAAAGGGGCUUGGGAGUAGCAUUAGCAUGACAUUGGGCCACGGAGGCUUAAAGUUUUAAUAUAAGUUCCCCAGGUCUGUAUCAGGUUAGCUGGAACGAAUAAAUGAAGGCACUUUGGUAGCGGCUCCGCCUGCUGAAAUGGUUUAAAACAGCAGCAUUUUGAAUAGAGCCUACAGGAUUUCAUUGAAGAUCCUAAGGAUGCUAAAAUAUGUUACAUAAAGAGUAGGAUUGUGCUAAAUUUAUAGAUCUUGAAAUAGAUUUUUACAAACCACUGCAUACACAACAAAGGGGUGUUCAUAUCCUUAUGCUGCAAGUACAGAGAAAAAGAAAAUUACAUUUUAGUUCCUUUAUACUAAUAAUUUUUUGCCCCUACUCCUUACGUUAAUGCUUUUUUUUUUUUCUCUGGUGUAUUGUAAGAUGUCUAAAUUUUACAAUUCCGCUUCCAUUUGCUACAAUUUAGAAUUUCCAUAAUAUCCCUGUUCAUAACAAGCAAGUGGGUAAAAGGAUUAAUUCAACUGACUAGUGCUAGAAAUUUAUUUUAAGACCUGGAGGCUUUUAUUGUGCGUAACUCUCUUUCUCUACUUAAACACAGCAGCAAAGAAAACAAUCAAUAAAAAGUGGUUUAGUCAAGAAUAGAAGAAUAUCAUUACACGUGUAAUAUUUCUAUUUGUUUUGCUCUUUUGAUGCAUUGUACAUUUUUUUUUUUUAUUUAUUUUUUUUUUAUUUAUUUUUUUUGUUUUUGUUUUUUUUAGGAAGGGGAUGAAGAUCAAAACUAUUACAAAAUGGUGUUUGUGGUGAAUAUGGAGCUGCCAAUGGGCAUGGGAAAGGUAACUUUUUUUUAUUUUGCUGUUCUGUUAAUACACAAUACAGAGUAUAUAGAUAUAGGAUCCUUCUACUUUGUAAUGACAUGAUCCCUGGUUUCCUAAGCCGUAAGAAACAGAGGACAGCCACACAUUACCAUUCACAGUUCUACGGGAACUAGGCAUCAGAACCCCCAGUUGUUGUUGUUGUUGUUGUCUUUGUAUAUAUUACUAUUAUUGUUGUUAACCAUAUUUGAAUUGGUGUUUACAGCAAAUCAUAGAUUGUACGACGACUAUCCACCAUACUGCAUAAUCUGGUGUUUCAACAGAUAUUGCUACAUUUGGUGGUUCAGCACACAGAUAAUCAAUGUGCUAUAACACAUUCUUGAGAAUAUGUACUAAAACCACGCGUUAUUAGUUUGUAAAGGCAGAUCAACCACAUUCAUUAUCCAGUAGUUCACCUGAUAAUCCAAAAUGGAAGCAAGUUCUAUUACUGUAUAAUUUAAUUCAUAUUUUACAAAUGAUUUGUUUACCGACAAUACUAGUCUUCAUUCUUCAAUAAAAAAUCUUUCUGGUACAAGCAAAUUUUAUCUAGCCUUUAAAGUCUGGAAUAAGCACUAAAUACCAUUUUUAGCCACUGAUUUGUAAUUUUUUUUUAUCACCAAUUUAGUUGGGAAAAACAAUGGAGAAAAUACAGUAUUUAUCAUAUAGAGAUGUGUCUGCCACAGUAGAAAUGCUUAAGUUAAAAAUAGCACAUGAGGAUCUAAUUCUGUUUAUGGCUGAGCUCAAACACGUGUUCUCAGAUCCUGCCCACUGACAAAAAAAAAUAGAUUGUGUUGACAAGCUACAGUGUGAAAGAUGCAUAGAGGGGAGCAGUGGUGUUGCCAUGGUAACUGGCAUAGCACUUUUUUUUUUUUUUUUAUUCCUCUGUUUCUACAUUAUUAGUUAAACAGAGAAAACUGAUUCCUAAUAUUGUAAAUGCCUAUGCAAAAAAAUAACAAUAAUACAAAAACUUGUUUAUUCACCAUUAUGCAUCCUAUAGUUUGGCUAUUUUAGUGUAGGGGCAAUUGUUCUUGAAGAAUGACCGCACACUGUGUUUUGGGGCUGUGAGGUAUGAGAUGUGCGUGCCUCACUAAAAAUGGUAUGAAAUGUCCAUGGUGUUCUAUUUUAAAUUUGUAACUAUAGAAGACAUUGCCAAUCUCACAAACUAUUAAAAUAUGUUCAAGAGAGAAAAACGUUGUAUUUCUCUCGCUAAUUCUAUAUCAUUUUUGGGAGAAAACUCUCUCACUUGCUGAUAGGCUUCCCGACACAGUGCUGCAGUUAAAACACUAAUGAUGAGAGGAAUGACAUGGUGGGCUAGUACUGGGGAAAUAGCAGGUUCACAGCUGUUACAGAAUUCUAAUUGUUAUUGUAACGUCACAAACUGUGAGAUUGUAAAGCAUUGUGGGAGUUGUAGUUAUUCAAAGGAUGGGAUCUCUGUUCCUUCCACCCUCAUAUUAGUAAAUUUAUUUGAAAGGUACAUUGAUAUACAGGAGAUGUAACUGUAUGUUAUAGACCAAAACGGUAUUUAAGCAUAUUUUUUUACAAUUAUGAUAUCAAGCUUAUUAUAUGUCAAAAAUAAAAUUGAAAUUGUUUGUUUCCCUUCUAAAUGCAUUAUUUUGAGGUAUUUCAAAGAUUCUGUAUACAAUUAAAAGGUGAAUACUGCUCUCCCAAAGCUGGAUGUAGCAAUUAAUUUGCAGUCACAGAGCUCUAUUAUUUGAGGAACUGCAAGUGUUCAAAACAGUAUAUAUUAAAAUUAACAGGCUACCAACAUAGCAGUCAUAAAUGUUUUUUUAUAUGGGACAUAAAUCCAAAUACCUUCAACCUCAAUGUACAACUUAGGAUAUUGGGGCCAAAACACCUGUCCUAUCCCUGUAGGCUCGAAUAAAAGAUAAUUUUCUGCAAUAUACUUUUUGGCUUAUUGAGUCCAUCUUUCUAAAUGAUACAGUAUAAUUGGUAACAUUUUUACUCUCUCUUGAUAUUUCUACAAUUGAUGAAUUUUAGGGAAAGAUUUAUUAAAACAUGUGCUGUAUCAGAGCAAUCGCCAUGGAAACCUAUAGAAUCAUUUUCAACAUUUAGCAAUUUGCACCCAAAAGAACACCUGUUUUUUUUUUUCGUUUUUUUGUUAAAUUUCACCGUAUAUGUCUUCACUUAACUUAUGUGCCCAAUAAUCUAGCACAUUAAACUGUUUAUUGCUUACUUCACAUGUAUUAAGCUGAAAAUUAAUUUCAUUGAAAAAAAAAUGUAAUUUGGUUUUGUGAUUUUGCAAAUAAAGAUUGUGAAAUCAAUGUUACUCUCCCAGGUCGCGGCACAGGUGGGACAUGCAGCAGUUGGUUUAUAUCAGCUUCUACUAAAGGAAUCAAAGACGAGGGAUGUGGCCUGCAAAUGGGAUGAAUAUGGGUAUGUUUACUAGGAAACCUCACCGUGUUUCUCCCCUCCCCCCACCCUCUAUUCAAAGGAAACUGUAUUUUUGCUCUCUUUAAAAAGCAUCAAAUUGUGUGUGUGUGUGUGUGUGUAUAUAUAUGUAUGUAUGUGUGUAUAUUCUAUAUAUUUGUGCUAGAUUUGUAGUAUAGAUUUGUAGUAAUGCCAAUUUACAAAUGGAUAUUUAUCUCUCCUGUCUAUCAAUUCUUAGCCAUAGACUCUGUGGUAAAAAUUUGAUAAAGGAUAGAAGAAUACACCACCCACAGAUCUGCUUCUGCUCACCCUGCAUAUUAACCACAAUGCAUGCUGUGAAUAAAAUGAAUCAGUUCACAUUUGGAAUUUAAAACAUGAAUACCUAUGGUCAUGUCAUGUAUAGCCUUUCACUUUGUCACAGAACACUUUUUCUCAUAAAUCCUGACCCUAAUACUAUCGCUUACUGUAAAUUUUAUUACUGACAGUUUUUAUGGACCUCCUCAUACACUGGUAAUGGGGCAGAGGUGUGUGGGUAAGGGUGAUGCAAAGUUUAGAAACGUGAUCAUAAGUGUGUGUGUGUGUGUGUGUGUGUGUGUGUGUAUGUAUGUAUAUAUGUGUGUGUGUGUGUGUGUGUAUAUAUAUAAAUUUUUUAAACAAAAAAACUUGCUUUAUCAAAACUAUUAACUGAGAGCAACAUGUAAUAUACAAUAGGGGGUAAUGGGCAGAACUCGCAUGAACCAGAGCCCUAUCUCCCCUGGCUCUGCAUUUGAAAAGUUCCACUGGAGAGGGAAGUAUCCCACACUGUGCUGACACGAUCUGGAUGGUAUACUCCCAGUAAGCAGAUUAUUCUAUGCACUACAGGACAGAGGGAGGCAGAAACCCCUAGUACCGUUCUCAAUUUAUUAUAAAAAAAAUUUGUGGGUAUGCCAGUAAAAACUACCCACAUACAAGCAUGUAAGGACAGUGUUAAACGGCUUCCACCAUUCAAUACAGUUACUUCCGGGUUUGCCAGUCUCAAUCACGUGAUCUCUUCCAGGUCCGCCUCUACAGUGACUUAACACUUAACCCGUUUCGAGGUCAGAAGAAGCCCAGGCGGGCCUAACGCGUCACAUGUGACGUUAUAGGAGAGGCGGACCUGGAAGAGACCACAUGAUCGAGACUGGCAAACCCGGAAUUGACUGUAUUGAAUGGUGGAAGCAGUUUUACUCUGUCCUUACAUGCUUGUAUGUGGGUAGUGGCAUACCCACCAUUUGUUUUUGUUUUUUUUGGUUUAGAACUAUUUUGUGGUCCGUUCAAGCGUGCUCAAUUUUGGUAAUAUUCUUAUUUGUGUAUACAUCUUUGUGUCACUGUGGUACAGUGCAGCUGAACGGAGUGCCUCAUCACCUCUAUAGCGCUUAAACACUUUUUGAUUUCUAUUGAAAGCAACAUGUAUCCACAAUGCGUAAAGAAAAUGUAAAUGUCUUGCUUUAAGAUAUCUUUCUAAUGUUGGUAUAUCUUAUUAUGCGUUGUUUUCUAAUGUAUAGAUAAUAGGGAGAUAAAGUGGGGAUACCCAGAAUUGGCUAAAUUUCAUAGACCUAGACUGUCACCUAAUUUUCAACAGCCGUAACUCCCACUGCAAUGGAGAAAAUUACUCCACGGAUUUACUAAUUUCUCAUCAAUCAAAAAUUAAAAGUUAGACAAUUGUUACCGCAUAUACAAUUUUUAAAAUAAGUUUGUUAACCCCUUAAGGACACAACUUCAGAAAUAAAAAGGAAUCAUGACGGAAUAGUUCCGUCAUGUGUCCUUAAGGGGUUAAAAAAAGAUUAGGAAAACCUUAUCCCUACCUUAGUAUUUAACAGGAUCAAUCUGCCAUAUACAUACUAAGGAUUGACCGAUUAUCGGUUCGUCCAGUAUUCUGUAAUUUCGGCAAUAUCGGUAUAUAGAGAUACCGAUAUUGCCGAUAAUACAUACCAGGACCGCCCGGCUCAUUACAAGCCAGGCAGUCCUGGAGGGCCCGCAGCAAGCUCUUACUUACCUUCCUUUCAGCUCCCCUGUGUAUACACACUACACAAACAAACACACUCUGCAUUUAAUAUAUACACACACUACACAAACACUGCAUUCACUAUACACACACUACAUUCACUAUACACACUGCAUUCACUUUAUGCACAUUACACACUGCAUUCACUUUAUGCACAUUACACACUGCAUUCACUAUAUGCACACACUGCAUUCACUAUAUGCACACACUGCAUUCACUAUAUGCACACACUGCAUUCACUAUAUGCACACACUGCAUUCACUAUAUGCACACACUGCAUUCACUAUAUGCACACACUGCAUUCACUAUAUGCACACACUGCAUUCACUAUAUGCACACACUGCAUUCACUAUAUGCACACACUGUAUUCACUAUAUGCACACUGCAUUCACUAUAUGCACACACUGCAUCACUAUAUGCACACCUGCAUUCACUAUAUGCAAUACACUGCAUUCACUAUAUGCACACACACACUGCACACAUUCACUAUAUGCACACACUGCAUUCACUAUAUGCACACACAUCACUAUAUGCUGUAUUCACUAUAUGCACACACUGCACUACUAUAUGCACACACUGUUCACUAUAUGCACACACUGCAUUCACUAUAUGCACACACUGCAUUCACUAUAUGCACACACUGCAUUCACUAUAUGCACACACUGCAUUCACUAUAUGCACACACUGCAUUCACUAUAUGCACACACUGCAUUCACUAUAUGCACACACUGCAUUCACUAUAUGCACACACUGCAUUCACUAUACGCACACACUGCAUUCACUAUACGCACACACUGCAUUCACUAUACGCACACACUGCAUUCACUAUACGCACACACUGCAUUCACUAUAUGCACACACUGCAUUCACUAUAUGCACACACUGCAUUCACUAUACGCACACUACACAAACACACACUCUGCAUUCAUUAUAUACACACACUGCAUUCACUAUACGCACACUACACAAACACACACUCUGCAUUCAUUAUAUACACACACUACAUUCACUAUAUACACACACUCACUGCAUCCACUACACAAACACACACUGCAUUCACUAAUCAAAUACUCUCACUGCAUCCACUACAUACACGUACAUUCUUGAAAAUGGUACAGAAUAUCGGCUAAUUGGCCUGGAAGUUCCGAGUAUCGGUAUCGGCUCUAAAAAAAAUCAAUAUCGAUCCAUCCCUAAUACAUAAACCUUGAAACAGACAGUCUCUAUGGUCUUCACUGCUUCUGAACAAAGGUAUACAUGUAUGUAUAAAGUUUGAAGGAUCCUGUCAUAAAAGUAGGGAUGAAUUAUUAUUUUUUUCUUUGAACAUAUACUUCAUUGAACAAAAAAAAAAAAAGAGUGCAGUUCUAGGAACAACUAAGAUACUGUGCAGAACCCUCAGACUCAUACGCCUCUCGGAGGACCCGAGAAUAUAAUAUAAAAUAAUAUAUUUUCAAAGAAUGAUGAAAGGAUUAUUUAUAUUUAAAAAGAAAAAUAAUUUUUCGUUGACAGCUGUCCUUUAAUUUCAAAUCAAAGGAGUCAAAUUAGCCAGACAAAAAACAGCUGACUACUUAAUGACACUAUCAGGAUUUCAGUGCCAGCUGUUUGUCUUGAUAACUUCCUUGUGGGUUGUACGAUGCCAUGCGUUUAGACUGGAAGAAAAAGAUUUCGUCUAAGGCAAAGGAAAGGUUUUUUUACUGUAAGAACAAUCAGGAUGUGGAAUUCUCUGCCUGAAGAAGUGGUUUUAUCAGAGUCCAUACAGAUGUUCACACAGCUACUAGAUGCAUACUUGCAAAAACAGAAUAUACAAGGAUAUAAUCUUUUAAUUUAGGAUAAUAACUGCUUGAUCCAAGGAUAAAUCUGACUGCCAUUCUGGGGUCAAGAAGGAAUUUUUUUCCUAGCUUGUUGCAAAAUUGUGCUUCAAACUGGGGGUUUUUUUUUGCCUUUUGGAUCACAGCAAAAAACAAAUGUGAGGAAGGCUGAACUUGAUGGAUGCAAGUCUCUUUUCAGCUAUGUAACUAUAUAACUAUCCUUUUGAUAUAACUUUAAUAGGGAUUGUUUAUAAUGUAUGUCUCUAAAUUGACCCUAUAAAAAUGCCAAUAUUGCUUCAGUCAUUAAUGCACUGAAAUUCUGAAAAACCUUGCUCAUAAAAGGUUUCAUUUAUCUUUUUCUUCUUAUUCAUCUAUUACUGCUUAUUUCAUUACUGCUUACAUGAAUUCCAUUAUGUCACGUGAGCAGUUUAUCUAAUAAACUGCUUACGCAUAUAGUUGUCUUAAAAAACCCCACGACAUUUACCUGGCUAUCCUCAGAUUUGUAAUUCUUAGAUCUUUUUCUUCUGUAUGCUUUAUGAGACCUGCACCUGUUCAACAUGUAUGUAACAUGAGAGUUCAGUGUUUUGCUGAGACAUCUUUUUUUUAAUCUAAUCCAUUUAAUUAACAAGUGAAAGAUGGAUUUCUGCUUAUCAUGUGAAAACACAAUAUACUGUAUAUUAUUGUAUAACUACAUCACCUGUUUUUUAUUUAUUUUCCCCCCCUCUGUGUAGGGCUAAGAAGGUUGUCCUUCAAGGUUCUAACACCACUCACCUAUUGGAACUGCAGGCUUUGGCACUUAGUAUGAAUUUACCAACGUAUAUGGUGCAGGAUGCAGGCAGAACCCAGGUACGUGGAUAAGACAGCUGAAAUACAAGUCAUGACCCAUUACGCCCAACAGCUGUAGGUGUGUCAAAGCUGCAUUCAUGUUUUACUGGUUUCUUGUGAUCUGAUAUGAGCUCUUGAUGAUGUGUGGCCCAGACUAAAGAUUAAUUGUGCAGCCUGUAUCAUAUUGUUCACAUUCGGUAACAAGACAGCAGCGAGAGCUCUGUGCAGCAGUUAAAUGAACACACUUACCGCUCCACAACUUGCCUGCAUCAUAUUGUUCACAUUCGGUAACGAGAGCAGCGAGAGCUCUGUGCAGCAGUUAAAUGAACACACUUACCGCUCCACAACUUGCACACAAGAGGACUGAACUUACUCUCCCUAUUAAGUGGAGUGGGUUUGUUUAGAUUUAGAACUUUAGGUAAGAAAUUUAUGUAAAUAUGGUAAGAAAAAAUUCCAGCAGUUUAAUUUUGUGCAUGAAUUCUGUUUACGUCCAUUUAGCGAUAGUGAUUCUCGGAGACUGCUAACAUUACAUUUCACAUCAGAUUGCAGCUGGGUCAUAUACGGUCCUUUCCGUCAUCGGUGAAGAAGAAUGUGUAAAUAAAGUGACAGGAAAACUCAAGUUGCUGAACUGAAUAUGUGUAGGUAUCUGAACGGGAUCGACCCCGCGAGACCAGUGGAACUGGUGGAAGGAAGACUGGCACAACCAUCCCCAACACUUCGCCAUACCACAUGUGCAUAGCCUAUGUCUGCAUGGGCAAGUGUGAUGGGGCUGUUGUCAUCGGAUCCUGCACAUGAUCCAUUAUGUUCUAAAGCCCUCUUAAGCAAGUCAAAAAACAAAACACCGGGCUGGCAGAAAAUCCAUAGCCAUUGGUGCAAGCAAAGAUCACUAGUGAAUACAGUUAAGCACCUCUUCAGCCAAUCUAACUUUGUAUUAGUGCUGUAUAUACUAUAUUGUCUGGUAACAAACAGCUGUACAUUAACACUAAAUCAAUUUGUAUUCUGUGGACAUGUAUAUAAAUCCGUCUUAAACCCCUCCACCCAUCCUUAAAUGUAUGGGGCUGUUGUGUUGUUUUUGUUUUUUUUUGCUUAAACUGCCUCUUGACAUUUUCCUGCUUCACGUUUGUAAAAAUUGCCACAAACUAUUGAGGCCACAAAAUUGUAGCCACAGUUGCCAACAAUUAUGUAUUUUCUCUCUGAAAUAAACUGUUGAGUAUGUAUUGAACUUGGCAGCGCUGAUAGAUGUUUUAUCGUAAUAAUUGUCUGACCUGCUCUCAGCUUAAAGAAACCUUGCUAUGCAUACUCAAACUAUUUAUAAACUAUGAUUUAUUUUAUUUUUUUGCCAACACUUUUCUGAAGAGGUUUUGGCGCAGUUUAUUUCCUCACUCAUUUAACUCAUUUUUGAAUAUUUCUGCCAAUAUGGCAGCAUCAUGUUUUCAGAUAACUAAUGUGAUCACAAUAAUAAGAGAAUUUAACUGCCGUUUUUCAGGACCCUUUGAUAUAUCGCCAAUCUUGUUUUUCCUCCCCCAAUGCAAUGUAUCACUUCCUGGCCGUGCUAGGAAUGAACUGGAUGCAGAUGUCUGUGGCUAAAUCUAUUUGUACAAUCUAAUAUACAUUUAAAAUAAAUCCUGUGACAAAUGGGUGAAUUUCAACUCUUUUUCAGUGAUGUUAUUUCUAGAGAAGUGAGUUACCUUUUAAGUUGUUUACAGACGUUCACUGUAUUGCCAAUGAUAUAGUUAUAUUUUCCCAUAACUACCUAUAAAGUUAUGUUUUCUCUAUAUGUACCUUGAGCAAAUUAUUAGAGUAGAAAUGCUAGUAUUUUGAGAACAUGCUACUGGGUCUAAUACAAGUGUUGGAAGUAUUUUCAUUUUGUUUCCUCCCUGCAGAAAGCUUUUGAACAUUCCCACCUUCAUAAAUGUUUGGUGCUGAAACAUAUAAAAAUUUAAUUACCAAUUCUGAGCAUUCCUGUAAUGAGGUUGUCUAUGGUCUCAGAGCGAUGGCCGUUGAAAUUUUGAAGCCUCCGGUUGAUCCUCCUUUGUAGGAUGUUUCUGGGCAGAUUUUAAAAGCAAGUCUGCAAAUGCUUGUGCUUCAUUGGGUCUUUUAAAUAAUAAUAAACAUAGAAAAAAUAGCACGCCUGUAACACAUUGUUUAGUCUAGUCUAAAAUGUUUAUUACAACUGGUCAAUGAACUUGGGACGGGUGUGGGGGGUGUUUUGUGCUGUCAUUUUGUAUAGAAAAGUUAAAGUAAACUGUUCCUGCUUUUUGAUUAAAAUUUUCCAGUUGUGUGAUACUUGUGUGAAUUUUUUUUUUUUUUUUUAAUGCAAACAAUUUAAAUUUGUUUAAAUAACCUCAUAAGAAGCACUGUUUACAUGCCCAUGAAUGCUAUUGCACAUUUUAUUUACAUGAACGCCCUAAGCACCCUAACCAUUAGUGUGGUUAUGAGGCCGGGAGUCAAACAUUUUGCAAAAAAUGGACACUCAGCCAGCUUAGCCAGGGAACUCAUGGGAGCUCGUAGCUCUCCUGGAGGCUGUGACCAGCAAACUGUGGACCACAAACCAAAUGGUUUAACUACUUUCCCUGGGAGGGAGGCAGAACACAUAGCUACUGUAGUGUAGUGUUCCUUUAACAAUAUGUUUUGUUGUUGAC